AUGAUGAAGAGUAAUAGUAAUUCAACAACAUUUACUGUUCACGAUCGUCUUGCAGCAGCUAUUGCACCAAAUACAAAUUCAAACGUUACAAUAAAUCCGACAACAACAACAACCACAACAACUUGUUCAAUUAAUAUUUCAACCACAAAUUGUCAACAAAUCAUUACAACAAAUACAAAUCUAAUGCCAGCUGGAAGUUUAUCAUCAGCAACAGCAGCUUCAUGUAAUCUCACAACAUCUACUGGAUCAAAUCAACAUCAAGAUUUAGUUAAUUUAUUUGAAUGUCCUGUUUGUUUCGAUUAUGCAUUACCACCUAUACUUCAAUGUCAAUCAGGACAUAUUGUUUGUUCACAAUGUCGACAAAAACUCUCAUCAUGUCCAACUUGUCGUGGACCAUUAGGUAAUAUCCGUAAUUUAGGAAUGGAAAAAGUUGCUGAUACAAUAUUAUUUCCUUGUAAAUAUCAAACAAAUGGUUGUUUAUUAAGUUUAAUGCAUAAACAUAAAUUAGAACAUGAAGAUUGCUGUGAUUUUCGUCCAUAUGUAUGUCCGUGUCCUGGUGCAUCAUGCAAAUGGCAAGGUAGUUUGGAAAGUGUCAUGCAACAUUUAUGGCUUGGACAUAAAUCAAUAACGACAUUACAAGGCGAAGAUAUUGUUUUCUUAGCUACGGAUAUUACAUUACCUGGAGCUGUUGAUUGGGUUAUGAUGCAAUCAUGUUUUGGUCAUCAUUUUAUGCUUGUAUUGGAAAAACAAGAACAACAAUUUUUUGCUAUUGUACAAUUGAUAGGUACACGGCAACAAGCAGAAAAAUUCGUCUAUCGAUUAGAAUUAAAUGGUAAUAAACGACGAUUAACAUGGGAAAGUACACCGAAAUCUAUUCAUGAAGGUAUUCAACAAGCAAUACUUCUUAGUGAUUGUCUCGUAUUUGAUGGAGCAACGGCAUUAUUAUUUAGUGAAAAUGGAAAUCUAGCUAUCAAUGUGACUGUGUCUCUCGGUUAA